ACUUCAGUUUUGUAAGCAAAGAGUUUGUGAGAUUUUGCACGUAGGCCAGAGAUUUCGCACAGUCGACGGUCGACACAUAGAAAUUAGAAAAGAGUUUGAAAGCGUUGGGUCUUAGAAAGAUUGUAUUUUUAUUUAAUUAAAUAUAAUUUUGUUAAUAUUUCUACCCUUAUUACUUAAAAAACAUUCAUGUAGUACUAGUAUACGCUAUUCGAUACAAAAGAACUAGUGUUUAAUUAUUUUAACAUUAUGGCAGGAUGGAAUAAUAACCAAUUAAGGAAGUAUAACAUAAAGUUUGAAAAAAUACCGGUUUUGCAACAUGAUGAUCCUAAAGUAAAUUCGCUUCUCUGCAAUAAUAAACCAGUAUUAAUUAAAGGAUCCAAGUUAGUAUCCAGUGUGUUGAACUGGGAUUUGGAUUACUUACAAAAGCAUAUGAGUUCAGUAUGUUGUAAUGUCAUGGUGUCAACAAAUCACAAAUUUAAAUAUUAUGAUCAAAAAAAAAUUACACCUAGUAUAACAUUUAAACCACAAAGUCGCCCUAGUUCCAUGACAUUUUCUGAGUUUGCUGAAAGAAUGAAAACAUGGAAAAAAGGAGCUCCCAGAUUGUAUUUGCAACAAACUUUAAACAACUCCAUUGGCCAUCACGUAGUUAGAGAUUUUGUUAUGUUUAAUUGGGAUUGGGUUAUGUCUAAACAAAAGAUAUGCAAAUGGGGUGCGUUGACAUCUAACCUACUUUUAAUUUCACAAGAAGGAAACAUUACACCAUGCCAUUACGAUGAACAGCAGAAUAUGUUUGCUGUUGUUAAAGGUUAUAAAAGAUUUAUAUUGUUUCCACCCAGUCAAUUUGAAUGUUUAUAUCCCCAUCCAGUUCAUCACCCUUACGAUCGACAAAGUCAAGUAGAUUUCGAUAAUCCUAAUUAUACAAUGUUUCCUAAAUUUAAAGAUGCGUGUGGUUAUGAAGCGGUUGUAGGUCCUGAAGAUGUUUUAUACAUACCAAUUUAUUGGUUUCACCACGUUGAGUCAUUAAUGAGUGGUGGCUACACUGUUUCAAUUAACUUUUGGUUCAAAGCUGGACCAAUAGAAAAAAUUGAAUAUCCAUUACAGGAUUAUCAAAAAAUGGCAAUUAUGAGAAAUGUAGAAAAAAUGUUGGGAGAAGCCUUGCACGAUCCAAAUGAUGUUGGAUCAAUGUUAAGAACUAUUGUUGUUGGUCGCUAUACAUCUGAAGAACUUUAAAUUCCUGUCAUUAUUUAUUUUGUAAAUUUACAAUUAAUUUAAAAUGUUACUAUAUUCUUGUUUUAUGAAAAACUAAUUGAAGCGAAUGAUGUGUUUUUUUUAGUUCAAAGAGCAGAAAAUUAUUGACUAUUAAAUAAGUUAGUACUACUAUUAAUGUUAUGGUCAAUAGUUUAAACUAUAGUUAUAUUGAUUAUUCGAGGUUUUUAAGUUUAUUUAUAUAUUUAGUUGGUUAAAUUGACCUUAUUAGUAUAAGUUAUGUUCUAUUUUCUAAAUAAUUUACCAAAUUUUCUAUUUAUGUUAAAAAAUUGUUGCAUAACAGUAAGAGUUGAGAUUAAAAAAAU